UGGUGAACAACACAGACGCAGCACUAUGCCAAAGGUUACAGACACUUUCACGGACUCAGGAAGACUUUAGGAUAUUGUCAAGUCUGAGCUCACAUAAGGAGACAGAGACUGGAGUCUGUGCACUUUGGGAACUUUACAGGAUUAGUAUGGGAUGUGCAAAAUCUAGGGGAAAAAAUGGUACCCUUGAACAGACGCAAAAUCACACACACCACAAAAACAGAUACACCAAAGAUCCAACUCAGCCAGGACCAAAUACAAAGAAUUCCUCCCUACUGCCUGGACAGGAUCUGCAGAGUAUAGACGACGGUAGUGCAAAACAGAAGGUUGUGGUUGCUUUAUACGCAUAUGAAGCUGGAAAUAAGACUCAUCUGUCUUUCAGAAAAGGAGAGAAACUCCAAGUAUUGGAUGACAACGGUGACUGGUGGAGAGCUAAGUCUCUGACCUCUGGCAAGGAAGGCCUGAUACCUUACAAUUAUGUGGAGGCAGAAGAAAGCAUAGAGUCAAAUGAUUGGUACUUUAAGAACAUUCCCAGAAGAGAUGCGGAGAGAUACCUGUUGGCUCCUGCUAAUAAACCAGGUGCCUUCCUCAUCCGAAAGAGUGAGACUACUGAAGGGUGCUACUCAAUGUCAGUGCGGGAUGUGAAUGCUAAUGGUUCAGCUGCAGUGAAACAUUAUAAGAUCCGUCCGUUGGAUGAUGGAGGAUUCUACAUUUCGCCAAGAAUCACCUUCAAAAAAAUGGAAGAACUCAUCAAGUACUACCAGAAACAAGCUGACGGAUUAUGUCGGCAACUAGGCAAACCGUGUGUGAAGCCCAAAGCAGAAAUUCAGUGGGAUGAAGACGCAUGGGAGAUUUCAAAAGAAAAUAUUCGGAUGAUCAAGAGACUUGGAGCUGGUCAGUUUGGAGAGGUCUGGUUGGCCUCAUAUAACAACACCACCAAGGUGGCAGUGAAGACUCUUAAGCCUGGCACUAUGUCAGUGGAGGCAUUUCUGCAGGAGGCUAACCUGAUGAAAACUCUUCGGCAUGACCGCCUGGUCCGCCUCUUCGCCGUAGUCACCAAAACAACGCCCAUCUACAUCAUCACAGAGUUCAUGGCUAAUGGUAGCUUGCUGGAUUUUCUGAAGAGUCCACCUGGCAGAAAACUACAGCUGCCUAAACUGAUUGACUUUGGUGCUCAGAUUGCAGAAGGCAUGGCCUACAUCGAGAAGAUGAGCUACAUUCACAGAGACUUACGAACUGCUAACAUUCUAGUCAGCGAGAGCCUGCUGUGCAAGAUCGCUGACUUCGGCCUGGCGAGAGUCAUUGAAGAAAAUGAAUACUCAGCCAGUGAAGGUGCUAAAUUCCCCAUUAAGUGGACGGCGCCAGAGGCUAUAAGUUAUGGUUCUUUCACUAUAAAAUCGGAUAUGUGGUCUUUUGGCAUCCUGCUCUACGAGAUCAUCACUUAUGGGAAAAUCCCCUACACAGGAUUGAGUAAUGCUGAAGUGAUGGCAAGAGUACAUCGAGGCUAUCGGAUGCCACGGCCAGAAAACUGCCCCAACAAGCUGUACGAGAUCAUGACUUCAUGUUGGAAAGCCGAGCCUGAGGAGCGGCCCACCUUCGAUUACAUGCAGAGCAUCCUGGAGGAUUACUUUACUGCAACUGAGGACCAAUAUCAGCAACAGCCUUGAGACAAAAUGACAAAAGGACCAGAACACACUGACCGUGGAUGAAGCCUCAGACUGACCUUUUUGCAAACAAGCCUGUUUGGCAGCUUCUUUCAAUACCUGACAUUAUGCAAAUGCUCACAGACCCACAUUUCCAGGCAGCUCAAUCCAUAGUUUUUUGCCCAUUAAGACACUGAAUUCACCAAAAAUCUCUUUUUAAAAAAAAAAAAAAAAAAAAAAAAAAAAACACACCACACACACAACACUGAACAGAGAAACGAAUGAGAGACCAGGAAGUUCCAAACAAAUGACCACAUUGCUGUCUGCCUGAAGAACCUGCUGAAGCAGGCUCACACCAAGGAAACAUUAGUAUGUGCUUCAGAGGAAGACCAUUCCUUUUCAAUUUCGGAGUGACAACCGCAUGCAUGGCAAGAAAGGAUGGACAACAUGGUGGCAAAGGUCACACAGACGUUAAAUAGGCUGGCCUUCUGUGGCAACUGUUCUUAGCCAUCAUAUUACCAAUAGCUUUCUUUGGAGGCAAGGUAGAGUCGCUUUUAAGAGAAAGUUCAACGGUUAACAUCAGAUUUGUUGACUUGAGCCCAAGCAGUCUUGUUUCUCCAUUUCUCCUCCAGCACAAGAUUCAUUAUGCAUUACUUUGUGUCAAACCCCACUUCAGGAGGUCCCUGGCAUUUGGAAACGAGCAAACAGGACACAUUAUUAAACCUUGUCCCCUCCAAAGGCUAAACAGAGAAAUCUGAUUUCAAUAAAUCAUAAAGCAAUAGCCCAGCUCAAUGGCUUUUGUAAUAAAGUACAAUAAAGUAA